AUGUAAUAAAAAAGUAAUAGUGUAUUGAAAAAUUUGGAAUAAUUACAGUAUUAUGUGAAAAACGAUGAGUUUUUGGAAGUGAUUAAGUCAUUCCUAAAAUUUAAAGCAACAGCUUUAUAAAUUUUAGAUUAGAUUGAAUAAUCAAUUGUAAAUGCUACAGUGAAAUGCACUCCAAAAGAAAUGAUUGGAUUGUAUGAUGAUUAUGGAACUUUAGAUAUUAUCAAUUGGUUACAAAGUGUAUCCAUAAAUGAAUAGAGUUAAGCUUUGAAGGAAAUUAAACUAGAGAAAUAAAGCAUUUAAAAGUUAAGACAUUCUUAUGAGAUAACAUUUAAGAAAAAUUUAAAAGAUUUAUAAGACAUUUUGGAAAAAACUUUAGAUGCUAUAAAUAAUUAAGUGGAAUAUCAAACUAAUCUAACUAUUACAAGGUUGAAAAAAAGAGAUGAAAGUAUUGUUUUAGAGAAUAAUGGAAUUUUAUUUGAUGCAGGUGUUGUGUCUGUUUGUGUAUUUGAACCUAAGUCAAAUGGAUUAUUUUUAAAAGGAUUACAUUAACCAAUAUUCUUUGAUGGAAUAUAUUUUGAAUAACCAAUAAAUUUUAAAGAGAAUCCACAUAAAAUAAAGUUUAGUUUACAUAAAGGUUUCAAUCUAAAGGAUAGUUUAUAUGAGGAAGAAUUCUCUAUUUAUGAUCCAGAAUUUAAGAAGGUAGAUGGGAAUAAUUAUGUAAUUGAGUUUAAGCAGUAGGUUAAAUUAGAGAAAGGCUGUAAAUAUUGUGUAUGUGCAUAUGCUGGUUAAGAUGAAUUCUUUGCAACAACUUAAUAUAUGGAAAUUGAAUAAGAUAACCCUUAUAUUAAAUUUCAAGAAAAGUCUUAUGAUCAUGGUGAGUUUAUUGCACCAGAUCAUGUCAAUUAGAUAAUUUCUGAACAUAAUAAGGGGAUAUUUUCAGCAUUUAUAGUAAUUGAAGAAUGA